AUGGUUAAACGUGGCAUAGGUGUUUCCCUGACUAUGGAUAUUAAGAUAAAACAACUUCUCAAACAAAAGAAUGAUAUACUAAAUAAUGUAAAAGAAACAGAAACAUACAAAAAUGCCAUAGAAAUUUUGAAUAAAUUUGAUCAACACAUAAUAACCAAUAAACAAGAAAAUAGUUUACUUAAUAUAGACAAUGAUAAUUUAAAAUUAAGGAAUAAAAUCAAAUCAUCAAAUUUAGAAGAAAUAGAAAAUCAUAAUUCAAGAUUAAGGAACAAUUCCCACAAAUCUAUAUCAAGUAACCUAGAAGAAAUAGAAAAUAAAAAUGUAAGAUUAAGGAACAAUGCCAACAAAUCUAUAUCAAAUGUUAUUGAAGAAAUAGAAAAAACUCCAAUGGUUAAUGGCAGAGAUCAUAAUAUCCUACGGUAUGUUCAGAAUAAUUCCGCGAGCGAUGUUCAACCUAAAACUCCACGCCCAAUUUUACCGGCAUCAGUUGUCAUUUCAAAAAGAUUAGCCUUCGAUAAAGAUGCAAGAUUAAAAUUCCAAAACUCGAAAAGUUACGCUGAUAAGUUAUUGGAAUACAUCAUCGGAGAUGGGAAUCCUACUUAUAGAUAUGCCUUGAUAUGUUCCGAAUGUUUUUGUCAUAAUGGAAUGGCCAUGAAAGAAGAGUCAUCUGCAUAUAAUAGCUCCCAGGGAAGUCCUUCACGCAUUUCUUUAGCCACCACAUCCAUUACUAAGAUAAAUAAUAAUGGACUCAGCACGGAUCCUUGA